AUGCUGGAUACACUGAGAGAUGGAAAGUACCAAGCAGUCUCCUGUUCUCUGGGUACUUAUACCAAUUCCUCGUUGGAUACUCUGCUGAACAUCCAUUCGCUGAGGGAUAUUUCCCAACAAGUGAAGCAGGAGAAAACCUGGCUAACUAAAACACCACCAUUACCAAACCAUCAAUGCGCCCUUCCAGGAUUUCUGGACGUUUAUCAGAAACUGCUCUUUGGUAAUGCUGAUGACAAAGUUGUCAUCAAUACAGGCAUAUUAACGUCCGACUUGGCCAACCUUACGUCAAACAGGUGGUUGAAUAUUGCGAUGAUAAACGGGUUUAUAGAUCUUCUGAAUGCUCACCACCAUAACACUAUGACGGCGGUAUUCAUGCUCAAUGAUUUACUAAUGCUAAAGGAUGUCGACCUACAAAGACAUGCAAGGUCCGUUAUGCGAGGUAAACAAAUAAAGGCAAUCGUUUUCAUCAUUAAUGUGGCUGGUGGCAUUAAAAAAACGGAUGUGGCCACACCUAACAAGCCCGGACGCCACUGGUCUCUGCUUUACAUAGAUGCAGUCGAGAACAAGUGGUUUUAUUGCGACACCCUCGCGUGGCCCCCUCCAACUAACAUAAAUACCACUGUAAACGCCAUACUGAAUGUUUUGGCGAUGGAGUUUCCUGUCUUCAGAAAACCAGCUCAAGGGCGAUUUAUUGCCCACAAACCAGAAGGUAACCACCGUGGCUCCCACCAAUGUACCAAUGGAUGCUUCAAGAAUGUACCUUUGCAGAGCUGCGGAAGCGUUUGUGGGGUGAUUGUUGUUGUAAUGGGGGCCAUUAGUUCUCUUUAUCCGACCCUCUGGAGAGCAGGUUUUCUUGAUCCCAGAGCACCUGUUUCCAACGAAUUUUUGUGGUUGAGAAAUCCCACACUCCAUUCAUGCUUCCUCAGAAGGGUGCUCAUUCACUGGAUAUGUUCCAAAGAUAUAGAUCUGCAACUGCUUGGAAUCCAGGGCACAAACCACGUAUCACUACACGCAACCGUUCCGAGAUCUACUGGGACAGCCCAGAAACCAUUGCCAGUGACCGGCCAGAAACCAACACCAGUGACGGACCAGAAACCCCCACCUGUGACGGAACAGAAACCAGUAACAGGGACGAAGCAGAAACCACCACCAGUGACGGAACAGAAACCAGUAACAGGGACGAAGCAGAAACCACCACCAGUGACGGACCAGAAACCCCCACCUGUGACGGAACAGAAACCAGUAACAGGGACAAAGCAGAAACCACCACCAGUGACGGACCAGGAACCACCAGCUGUGACGGAACAGAAACCACCAACAGAGACAAAGCAGAAAUCACCACCAGACACGGACAAGAAACCACCAACAGAUACCAACCAGAAACCAACACAUGUGACAGACCAGAAACCACCUCCAAUGACGGGUAAGAAAUCACUACCAGUGACGGACCAGAAACCACCAGUAAGGACGGACCAGACACUACCUCGGAAAGCCACGAAAUCAUCACGGGAAAAAAAACGAAAACAAGCACUUGAGACAGACCUGAAAAGAGAGACUGCAAAAAGAUCAAGGCAGGCAAUAGGCCUUAGUGUAGCCAAGUCACUAGGGAAAAAACCCACACCGAAAACACUAAAGAAAGAAAAACAGAAUCAGGGGCAAAAAAUUCAAGAAAAAAGGCAGGAACCAGCAGGACAGAGGGAGGGAAACAAGGAAGAGGAAAUAGAUAGGAUAGGCCAGGAAACCAAAUUACACCGGUGCCCUGAGUGUGACUACAUUUGCCCCAAAGUCUCAAAUAUGAAACGGCACAUGAAACGUAAGCACAAUCUAAACAGCAACAAUGUUACUUCGCAGAAAGGAAAAUGUUUGUGUAAUGAGUGUGAUCGGCAGUUCUACCGAAUUAAAGAUCUGCGGGAACAUCUCUCCUCUUCACAUGGAUUUAUUUUUAAGACUGAUGCGAUCCAUUUGCAAAAUGUCAAAGGUAAUAAUGAUGUUAAAUAUACGUUUAGUACGCGUGUUGGGAUUGGUCAACAUAUUGAUUUAGCCCGGAGUUAACCGUUACGAUAUUCAACGCCGAUAAAUAUUUUUCCUGUUUGUGGUUUGGGGUGCUUUACAUGAUAAAUUAGGAAAAUGUCUGUACCGCGUAAAUUGAAAGGUCUGGGCAUUCUCUAUCUUAUCUUCAACAUCAUGAUUUCCGACCUGCGCUAUAAACCAGAGCAAACGAAAAGGGGUCUGUAACACUUACUUCCUGGAACUUGGUUGGGGGACAGAUAUAUAAAGUCUGAACGGAAAUUUUGUACUAAUAAAAAAUUGAUAUUUGUUACCCGCCCUUCGAAACCACUAGUUUAUGUGAUGAACGCACGAAUCUUACUUUUCUGCUUCUAAAUCGUUGGUAAGGUAUAUGAACCACGUAGGAAUAGACAAUAGUAAUGAAUGGUCAUUAACUAACUACGUUUCUUUUCUUACAAGAAUUCGAAUCGUGGAAGGCGGAAGUUGAAGAAAACGAGGGCUGCUCUUUUGUCAAAGUCACCGGUGAGUUUACUUUAUAAAAGAGGAUAGCUGAUUUAUUAGAGGGAGAAGGUAUUUUGUCCUUCGAAUACAAAUAUGAUAUAUGUGAAAUCGUUUCUAUUCACUUCAGGCUCCAAGAAACAUCUUUCUACCGGACAGAAAGUGGAAUAUUUCCAGUGCAACAGAGGCGGUAGCUACAGACCACGUAGAAGCGGAAAGAGAAGACAAAAAUCUCAAGGUAAAUAAGCUUUGUAGAAAAGAUUAUUUCCCUACUAAGAAGAAGGAAUAUAACUUUUUUUCAGUUCGUAAUGUAAAGAAGAUUUGUGUAGUUGGUUAUGAUGUGAGAAUCAGUUACUUUCACAUCUUCCGGUUAAACUAAGCUGUGGUUUCGUUUUUUUGUUACAUUUUAUCUUGAACAGGAAGCUGUAAGAUUGAAAAGAAUUGCACAUCAAGUAUGCUUUUGAAGUACGAAGAUGAUGGUACAAUAACUGUUGAUGUUUGUUACACGCAUUAUGGUCACGAAAUCGAGCUGCAACAUGUAUGGCUCUCUAAAACAAAGCGUCAAGAACUGGCAGCUAAAAUGCAGCAAGGGGUCCCCAGAGACAGAAUCCUGAAUGACAUCAGAGAGGGAGUAACAGAGGAUCAAUUUUUGCGAGAACACCUAGUAGAAAAAAAGGAUCUAUUCAACAUUCAAAGAGCGUUUGGGCUUAAAGAUUAUCAGCGACACCAAAACGACUUAGACAGCGUCUUAGCCUGA